AUGUUGUCUGCAUCGAAACAAAGACAUGGUGUCUCUGUGUUGCAAAAGCCGCAUACCAUCUUGCGCAGCUUGCGCUCGCUCCUGACCUCGCCUGCAAGGCCGAGAAUGUCCGGUGCUGCCGACUCUUCCAAUUUUAGACGAUCAGUCGCAAAGAAAUCCUGUCCUUGCGGGCCGAAGUUGUCUCGACUGAACAGAGUAGUAUCUCGGCCGAGCGCGAGAAGGUUCUCCCGGCUGAGCAGGCUGAUAUUGUCGCGGUUGAAGGCAGCAAGGUUCUCCCGGCUGAGCGUCUUCCCAUCCUUAUCCUUCGUUAGAAAUGGAAGCGUUUCUUUGGUCAGCGUAUCGCCAAACUGUUCCAGAAGUCCUUCGUCUGGAGCGCGUGCGCGACCUGUUUCACGAUCGAGAAGCGAAUCUCCGUCGUUGAUGAUAUCGACAUCAAUCACAUCAUCUUCACUAUCAAACAAGUUCAUUUUCAAAGGUCGUAGAAGACUUGGUGUAAAUCCUGGUUUGGGCGCAGCUGCAAUUGGUGGGGCUACAGCCUGUCUGGGUGGUGGAGCGCGGGGCGUACCAGUUGCACGGUGUUUUGCCCGAAGUUCUAAAUAG